AUGCCCGACAUGUCCAUGGACGCAAUGGAUAUCGACCCGAUAUCGUCGCCGGAGAAGAAGCGCAAGGAGAAGAGUGAAUCGAAGAAGCGCAAGAGACAGGAGCAGGCAGAUGCGGCCGUGGUAGAAGACGGGGAGAAGACGAAGAAAAAGAAGAAGGACAAGCAUUCGAAGAAGGAAGGGAAACGCUCAACGCACGACAAGGAAGAUGAGGGAGAGGAAGACGCUACCUCUCGCAAACCGCUUACCAAAUCGACCUCGAGCGAUAAAGAUACCCAUACCCAUUCCCAGUCGGCAGCAGACCAGCUACCUUCAUUCCACCGAGUGACGACAACAAUCUACCUCCCUCUCUCGCCCAUAUCCAUCUCACCAACUCACGCCGUCUCGUCCCUGUUGGCAGAACAUAUCUCUCCUCUGCUACUGACAUACUACCCACCCGUACGCGGCGUGGUGCUCGCUUAUUCCAACCCUUCCAUCUCAUCAACCAAACCCACACCGGCAUCUACUUCAGCAUACACGCCGAACCCAGAACCACUCACCCUCGCAAAAACAGCCGGCGAAUAUGGGGUACUACACACCUAUCUAACACUUACCUUCCUCGUCUUCCGGGCCGAACGAGGCCAGACGCUCGAGGGCUGGAUUAACGUCCAAUCCGAAGACUUCCUAGGCGCUAUCGUUUUUAACUUGUUCUCUAUCGGCAUUGAGCGUCGCAGACUACCGGCCGACUGGAAGUGGAUAGCGCCUGGCCAACAGCCAGAUAAACCCAGCACAACCACCACGACAACAACAACAACAACGUCGCCGACAUCAAGUAAAGACGAUGACGAAGAUGAUGAUGAAGACGCAGACUCGGACAAGGAGAACUUUAAACCGUUGGCUUUGAACGGCGAGGCGUCACAGUUCGAUGAUACGAGUUCUGCUGAGACGGGAUAUUUUCAGACUCGCUCGGGCAAGAGGGUGCGCGGAACUAUUAGGUUUCGUGUUCGUGAUGUCGAUGUUAUACCGGGUAGCGAGCGGGAUAAGGGCUUCCUUAGCCUCGAGGGGACGAUGUUGAGCCGUGAAGACGAGGAGAAGCUUGUUGCCGACGAGAAGAAUAAGGCUCUUGGAGCGGGGAGGGUGGGGACGGGAGAUAAUUAUCAUGAUCCUACAUCUCGAGAGCGUGAGGCAGAGGAGAUCGUGGAUGAUGACAUGGACCUGAGUAUGUCGGGAGCCGUAGAAGUGCUACCUUCGACAACGGAGAAAAAGAAAGAGAAAAAGGAGAAAAAGAAGAGCAAGAAGGAGAAGGCUAGCUCCAAGUCCUGA